UAAAAAACUUUCUCUUGAGAAAACCAAUGUGAUUAGCUUCAACUACAAGCUGAUAAACAAAGAGAGUAAGGUCAAAACUAAUAGACGGAGAAACAAGAAACAAAAAACUGGAUUCAAGAACCACACAGAUCACUCAGCAUUUGGAAAGGUGUUUUAUAAUUCAAUCAGACAUUUUCACAAAUACCUUGUAGACAAUUCAAGAAAAACCUAAUUUCCCCCAAAUUUCCAAGUUCCGUCACGCCCAUUACUCUAAAUCAAGCCCAAAAAAUCAAUCCUUUCGAACUGAUACUGAUAUAAGAACAAGAAUCAAACCAAUUUUAAGAAAAAAAAAAAGCAGUAGUUGACAAAAAUAAAAAGGAACCAGCUGUUGGGUGAAGGAGAAAGUAUAUAAGAAGAGGAAGAACUCAAAGAAGAAGAAGCACAUAGGACCUGAAACGGCGUCGUAUUAGAACUUGACUCUGCUGCUCUAUUUAGAAUUUCAAACAAAUAAAAAUGGUACAGCUUGAGAGGGGAUGCCAAACACAAAAUUGCAAAGCCUGUAAUACCAUUUCUAUUUAUGUGGUGCUGAGCUGAGCUGGGAGACUAAAGGUUUACUUCAAAUCUAAAUCGAAAUGAAGAUGCUUGCGUAUCUGGGUAGGAGGAAAUGGAUGAGACUUUCAACACCAACCUGGAGAUUCGUAAGAGGAGUAAGCGGUGUAGCUGAAACGGUAGCUAAAGAGAGAGUUGACGCCGUCGUGAUCGGUGCUGGAGUCGUGGGUCUUGCGGUUGCGCGUGAGCUCAGUCUCCGCGGCAGAGAAGUGCUGAUCCUCGACGCCGCCUCAUCGUUUGGCACCGUCACGAGUUCCCGGAACAGCGAGGUCGUCCACGCCGGAAUCUAUUAUCCACCAAACUCUCUAAAGGCCAAGUUUUGUGUAAGAGGGAGAGAACUGUUGUAUAGGUACUGCUCAGAAUAUGAAAUCCCUCAUAACAAGAUUGGUAAGCUUAUCGUUGCUACGGGAUCAUCUGAGAUACCAAAGUUGGAUCUAUUGAUGCAUCUUGGAACUCUGAAUGGAGUCUCGGGUCUAAGGAUGUUGGAAGGUUUUGAUGCAAUGAGAAUGGAGCCACAGCUUCGUUGUGUUAGAGCAUUGCUAUCUCCUGAGUCUGGGGUUCUUGAUACACAUUCCUUCAUGCUAUCUCUAGUGGGAGAAGCAGAGAACAAUCACGCAACUUUUUCCUACAACACGGUGGUUUUGAACGGUCGUGUUGAAGAAAAGAAGAUGCAUUUGUUUGUUGCUGAAACUGGACUGUGUGAGGCGGAAGCACAGCUUGAGCUGAUCCCUAAUCUCGUUGUUAAUUCUGCGGGAUUAGGUGCUCAAGCUCUAGCAAAGAGAUUCCAGGGCUUGGAUCAUCGGUUUGUUCCUUCGUCUCACUAUGCUCGUGGAUGCUACUUUACACUAUCGGGCACCAAGUCUCCGCCUUUCAGUAAACUUGUGUAUCCUAUACCUGAGGAAGGAGGUCUCGGUGUCCAUGUCACUUUAGAUUUAAAUGGACUUGUCAAGUUUGGACCUGAUGUAGAAUGGAUUGAAUGCACAGACGAUCAAUCAAGCUUUCUCAACAAAUUUGAUUAUCGUGUAAAGACAAACCGAGCAGAGAAAUUCUACCCUGAGAUCAGAAUGUAUUAUCCGGAUCUCAAAGAUGGGUCAUUGGAACCUGGUUAUUCAGGCAUCCGUCCUAAGCUUUCUGGACCUAAACAGCCUCCCACAGAUUUUGUUAUACAGGGAGAGGAGACUCAUGGAGUUCCUGGUCUUGUUAAUCUCUUUGGCAUCGAAUCACCUGGUUUAACUUCAAGCUUGGCUAUUGCAGAACAUAUAGCAAACAAGUUCUUGAGAUGAAUUUGAGAUAGUCUUCACAUAUGUGAACAUAACUGCUGCCCGACAAGAAGAAGGCUUAUUUAUACAGUUUUCCAUAGGAAGA